AUGGGGCCGAGACUUGUUAAGCCAGUGGGGAAUCUUCCUGAAAACAAAUUUUCAAUAGGGGCUAUUGACAAGCAGCAGGUCCUUUCAUUGACAUGGAAGUCAGAAAAACCUGUUUGGGUAGAUCAGUGGCUCCUGAAAAAGGAUAAACUGCUGCAUUUGCAUGACUUAGUACAAGAACAAUUGGCCACUGGCCACAUUGUACCCACCUCCAGCCUGUGGAACACUCCUGUAUUUGUAAUACCUAAGAAAAGUGACAAACGGUGAUUGUUACAUGAUCUUCAAGCGAUAAAUGCAGUCAUUGAGCCCAUGGAUACGCUACAGCCUGGUCUUCCUUCACCUUCUAUGCUGCCUCAAAACCGGCCAAUAGCCAUCAUUGAUCUCAAAGACUGGUUUUUUGCUAUUCCUCUACACCCAAAGGAUGCACCACGGUUUGCAUUCUCUGUACCAGCUGUCAAUCAGGAACAGCCCACACCACGAUAUCAUUGGACUGUGUUGCCACAAGGUAUGCUAAAUAGCCCGACUAUCUGCCAAUUAACUGUAACAAAUGCUUUACAACCUGUCCGAAAUGCAAAACCUCAUGUUAUAAUCUAUCAUUACAUGCAUGACAUACUUUUAGCUGCCGAAAAGGACUCAGACCUGCAGACAGUCAUCUGCCAAGUCUGCCUUGCUGUCCAAGGAGCAGGCUUGCAGAUAGCCGAGGAAAAGGUCCAACGUGAACCACCCUGGAAAUACCUAGGAUGGAAAAUUACAACUCACACCAUCCAGCCACAAGCACUCCAGCUGGCGUUACAAAUAAAGACUCUGAAUGAUCUGCAAAAAUUGUUGGGAACCAUCAACUGGCUCAGACCUUUUCUGGGUAUCACUACACAAGAUCUGCGCCCUCUGUUUCAAUUGUUAAAGAGUGAUCCUGACUUGAACUCUAAAAGACAGGUGACACCUCCUGGACUGCAAUGUCCAAUCUUACUUUCUCAUACCCCACUUUCCAAUGCAGUUACUGCAUUCACAGACGGUUCCGGGAAGACACACAGAGCAGUGGUCCUUUGGCAAUCCACCAACAAUCUCUGGAACCAAGACAUUAAAUGUGUCGAUGGAUUGCCCCAAGUUGUUGAACUUGCAGCUGUUACGCGUGCUUUUCAGCUUUUUUCUGAUGUAAAUCUCAAUAUCAUAACUGAUUCUUUAUAUGUUACAGGAAUUGUUCAGCGUAUAGAAGGCACUUUCCUAAAGGAAGUCAACAACCCAGAGGAAUGGGGCAUUUGCCACAUCACUGGAAUUCCACACUCCCGUACAGGGCAGGCGAUCGAUCGUUGA